AUGAUGAGCUCAUUCCUACCGUUACAACAAAGCGUACCAAAUAGCCUGGGAUGCGGGAGAAACAUCUUGCCCCUAGGACUACCAUGGUCGCUUCAUCGUCAAAACUUAAACUUUCUCGCCAUAUAUUCAUGCAUCUUUAGUAUUCUGCACGGCUGGUGCGCCACACUUUAUUGCGGCUUGCAUAUGCCUAUUCUCACCGGGAAGGGAUCUUGCUUAGAAGAUUACGACACGUUGUUGCUUGAAUACAUCCUACUACUAAUUAAUUUCUUUGGAGACCUCAGUGUACAGCUGCGAUCUACUUGA